AUGACGGCUAAAUGCGCGGCACUGACUGAUUAUAAUUCUGACCGCUGCAUCGAUUCAUUUUAUUCGUACAACAAUAGCCACAGCCAUCUGUGCGUACGUUCGUGCAUCUACAUAGCACGGGCAGGCGCCAGGCGCUAUGCCGUAAAAUCAAUGUGGUGGGAGGCCAAAGAUGAUUUCGCUUUGGCCGGCCGGCGUCAUCCAGGGCACUUGGCGCCACAGUUGCGUGAGUCUCGGUGGGUUCUUCGCUUUCUUCUCUGGCCAGAGGCUCUGGAAACCGAAGAAAGGCUAACACACUGUCGCAUCCGACCGACGGCUCACAGAAACGCAGCCCGGAAGAGCGAUCCUCAGUCCAGCCAGAGUGAGGGAGAACCCCCGGUAACCAUCACCUGA